AAAAAAAAAAGAUUUCCCAUUUCUUCUUUCUUUCUUUUUUUAUUAUUAUUUUUUUCCCCAAAAUUACAAAAACUUGCUACCUUUUUACAUUCUUAACAUUCAUCAUUCGAUUGAAAUCAUAACAUAAUAUACUAGGAAGAAUUGCAUAAUCACAUUUAUAACAACAAUGAAAUUCUCAUUUUUAAUCUUAUCCACAGCCAUUGCUUUGGCUCAAGCUGGCAAUGUUAAAUUUAAUGUCGUCGCGCCCACCGCCACUGAAGUAAAGGUGUCUGUCAACGGCCAACAAGUCCCACUCACUGCUGUGGAUGCAAAUGUACCCUAUUUUACAGGUUAUGCUGACAUUGGUGAAGCCAAAGAAUACAAGUACAUUGCUGGAGGAACUGAAGAACCUUUCACUAGAAAGUUAGAUACAACCAAGCAAUCUACCUUGAAUGAUUUUUUCAAUCGUUCUGUUACCUAUGCUAAUAUCCCUAAAUUACCAUGGCCCAUUCAAAAUAAUCCUCAAUGGACUCGUGAAAAUGGUAAACCUUCUCUUUUCGAUGAAAACUACAUUCCUAGUAUCUUCUUCAACGGUGAUGCUGCUACCGUCAACAACAUUGUUCAAAAUGUUCCCAAAGAUCGUGUCGUCGGUACCCUCACUGUCAUUGGUGUUGACUUUGCCAAUACUUACCAAAACGUGUCCUUCGGUCUUCACGGUGCUGGUAAAAAGAAGAACAACGCCAAGCAAUCUUGGAACUGGGAACUGCAGCCUGGAGAUACUUUAGCCAAACGUACUUUCUUCAAGUUGCGUCAUAUGGAAGAAGAUCCUACCCAGAUUCGUGAGCGUUUGUAUUCGGAUGUAUUACAUGCUUUGGGUACCUAUGCCAACCAAGCCACCAUGGUCCGUCUCUUCAUCAACAAUGAAUUCUACGGUACUUUCAACAUGCUGGAUGACAUCACUCACUUCUCCUACAUCAAUGCUUUGUUCUACGGUGGUAAAACUCCUCAACAACAAGGUCUAUUGUUCGAUGGUCAGUCUGGUGCUGAUUUCGCCGUACAUACAGAUGAUGCAGACGGCUACGGUGCAUGGGCUCCCAAUCCUGCGAAUGCAGAAGGUUCAGAUGCUCUCGACCCCUUAUGUAAAGCCUUCAACACAACCGACGUGCGCGAUAAUAACGCUCUUGCCGCUUUUGAAAAGCAAUUCGAUACAGAUCACUUUUUGCGUUUCAUGGUCAUGGAAUACUUGGCUGGCCACUGGGACGGUUACUGGAUGGAACAAACCAACGAUGGUGUCUUCCAAGAACCCGAAACCGAGAAAUGGUACUACUUGGGUCAAGAUUACGACGCUACCUUUGGUGUGAACUUGGCUGAACCUGAAGGCAAGGAUUUCAUUUCUGUUUCUUACAAAGACUUCCCCACCCGUUAUCCUGGAGGCGUCAUGAUCAACCGUUUGCUAGAAAACGACAAUAAGCGCGCUACCUUUGAGAAAUACUUGACUGAAACCGUCCGCGUUCUCUUCAACAAUGCUACUUUAACGAACCGUGUCUUGGCCUUGCACAACUUCUUGUUGCCCGAUCUUCAAUGGGACCGUUCUGUCGUCCAAAAAUCUCCUGGCAUCAACUUUGGUUGGAACUUUGACCAAGUCACUCAGAACUUAUGGCAAGGUGUCAAUGCACCUAACCAAAAUGGCGGUGGUGCCGACUGGGGUUUGAUUGAAUGGAUUGCCACCAAGUCUCAACACGUCGCUCAAGAAUUCAACAUCAACGUCGUCACUGAACCUCAAGGUCCUCCCAGCAACACUUCUACCGUUACCCCUGGUGGUGCCAAUACCUCUAGCAAUGUAAGCAGCAAUGGUGCCUCUGAUACCACUUCCGCUAACAGUGCUGCUACUAAAGCUGAUAUGACCAGCGCUGGUGUCCAUCUCGUUCCUACGGCUGCUCUCUUAGCAUUCGUUGCUUCCGCCGUGGCUCUUCUUUUGUAAUUCCUGCCUCUCGUUUUUUCUAAAUGGGCAGGAUUCCACUUUUUUUUUUUUUUCCGUUGAUCAAUGGAUACGAUGAUCAAGUCAUUCCAUUCCAAUUCCUCGCCAUUUCCUAUCAUAUACCUCUCUCUCUUCCCUCCCCGUCCCCACCUGUAACAGUAGUCCCUUAAAUUCACAUUUUUGCAAAGACCAUCUCAUACCAAACCUAUUAUCGAACCUUUUUUUUUAUUUAAACAUCUAUAAUAUAUUAUUUUAUACACAUUUAUUUGUAUCCGAUGGCGGCAUAUUUAAUAUCUUUUUAUAUUAUUAUUGUUUGUCUUUAUCAAUAAUAUACUUUUUUUUUUUAAUUAAUAAAUAAUGAAUGGUGCUCUUCAUUCCUUUGAUAUUGGCUACGUUUUUUCUUUUUUUUUUUUUUUUUU